CGCCAGCACGAGGCGAUUUAGAUCAGCCAUGGAGUUCAUGAAGGAUCGGAUCAACCAGUGUGCUCUUAUCUGUGGUUUGUUGGUCGGAACAUUAUAUUUGCUCAUCAACUGGACUCCUUCUGGCCUUCUCUUACCAUUCCAAGAGCAGCAAUUCCCUCUCUCCAAAUCAGCGGGAGGAUACAAGGAUGAGCUGGGGAAAGUCUUGGCCGACGCAUCAGCGGGAAACAACAAGACAGUCAUCAUAACAGUGGUGAACAAAGCUUACGUCGAAGGCGACAAGUCGAUGCUCGAUCUGUUCCUGGACGGGUUUUGGCUGGGCGAGGGGACUCGGCCCUUAAUCCGCCGCCUCUUGAUCGUGGCCACAGACAGUACGUCCUUCGAUAGGUGCAAGUUUCUAGGACUUCACUGCUACCAACUCAAAACAGAAGAUGGGUUGGAUGGAGAGAACGUGGACAUGUCCCCAGGUUUUCUGAGGAUGAUGUGGAUUCGGACACAGUUCCUUGGGAAUGUGCUGAAACGAGGCUACAGCUUCAUAUUCACGGACACUGACAUUAUGUGGCUAAGAGAUCCGUUCCCGCUGCUGAACCAGAACCCGAGCGUGGAUUUCCAGGUCAGCGUCGAUGUGUUCAAUGACCCCUGGUCCGAGGGCAACCCCAUAAACACCGGGUUCUACAUGGUCAGAUCCAAUAACGGGAGCAUCGCCAUAUUCGACGCUUGGUACGCCAGGAGAAAUGCUUCCUCAGGAAUCAAGGAACAAGAUGUUUUGAGGCAGAUCAGGAAGGAAGGCAUGUUUCGGAGGUUGGGAUUCGGUGUCAGGUACUUGGAGACUCUGUAUUUUAGCGGGUUCUGCGAGAGCAGCCGAGACAUCGGGGCCGUGAUCACGGUCCACGCCAAUUGCUGCCGCACGAUUGCAGCCAAACUUGCCGAUCUGACGACAGUCCUCCACGACUGGAAGAGGUUCACUGGGAGCCCCUCUUCAACCUCCACCAAUGGCACGUCGGCCUUUCAGUGGUCGAAGCAUGUGGAGUGCCUGCGCGUGUGGCUCGGACGGUCAGACUAA